AUGGCUAAAAAAAAAAGUGGAAAGAAGAAGAAGUCCUCCCCUAAACCAGAGAAAGAGCGAAAAGAUGGCGAACAGUCUGCGGGAACUUCCCCAUCACCAAACCAGGAUGAAGAGACAAAUCAGUUAGAAGUAACAGUGGCACCAUUAGAUCAUCUUCUUUCUAUGCGAAGACCACAACAGAUUGCAUCUGAAUUAGCCAACUCUCUCGUCUCCUUACGCUCACGACUGGCGAAGUUAGAACUAGAGCGUUUAAAUUACGAGAGUGGAGCUGCAAAUGGACAUAUCAUGGCUCGAAUAGCACAAGAAAGACAAGAUAAACAAGAAAAAUUAGAAAUAGAAAUUCUCAAAACAGAAAAAAUGACACGUCGUCUUUUACUCAUGUCUAAGGUAGUAGAUCGUGUGGUCACUUUACGUGAAACGAUCUUUGCAGAAACCCGUGCAGCCAUGGAAGCAGAAAUCGAGAGAUUACGAGAACAAGUAGCAGAGAAUGAAGCUCGUAUUCGAGAUCGUUAUGUAGGUCGUGUAAAUCUUCUUCAUCGUUAUUGGUUAUGGCGUACAUUACAGGAAUUAGGAGAUGUAAAUGUAGGAACCACAUUUGAGGCGGAACUCGCACGUGGUCCACGUUACCGUACGAUUGGAUUACAGAAUAAUAUUCUCUCCGAUACAUUAGAACAACAAUUAUUAUGGUUGCGACGAUUUGGAGAACGAGAAGAAGCCUUCCGUGGUCAUGUGCAACGAUUAGAUACCUUUGUGGAACGAUUAACAGAUGUAAGUGAAGUCUUGGAAGAUACACUUACGUGUGGAGUUUGCGGAUUAUUAUUUGAAGAUCCUGUUCUCUUCUGGCCAUGUGGUCAUACCUUCUGUUUGGUUUGUUUUGAUUCCCUCUGUAUUGCCCCAAGUCUUUUCCGUUGUCCUACUUGUGGAAGUAUGGGGAGUGAGGGAUAUGUACAUAAUCUUCUCAUUGCAGAGUCUGUAGCGAAAUGGGUCUUUAAGGAUGCGGGAUAUAGUGAUAUACAUGGGGCACUUAGUCUCAUUAGAUUACAUCUCUCUAAAUUCCGUAAAGAUGUUAUCAUGGUAAGACUCGCUGAUCUUAGAGAACGUCUUAAAGAGGCACAGGAACGCGAGACAAGUCCAGAGAAACUAUCAGAGAUGAGUAUCACAUAUCGUCUCUACUAA